AUGAAGGAGUGCACUGUCAAUCUUCUGGAGAGGAUAUAUAUCCGAAAAGAGCAUCUAGUGUGCCACACGGUCUGCAAUCAGGUACUGAAGAUUCGGUUCAAGAAAUACUCCCUCAUUCGACCUGAGGUUUCCAUAAAGUAUUUCAGAUGCAUUGCCAGAAGAUUUGGCUGCCAUGCUGUCGACAAAGAGGUAGUGAAAAUCUCAAAAGAGAGCAAGCUUUUUCUUGAGCGCAUAGCACAUAAGGAGCUGGUGACAACAGGAAUCCUGAUGUCAAAUCUGAAGACACAUGGAUAUGCCAGGAUUGCAUACACUUCAGACAGUGCGUGCACCUGCAGUGACUGCCUUGAAAAGGAAAAAAGGGCCCUGACGAUAAAAGAGUAUUCCUUAGGAGGGUACACGGCAGAGGACUUUAAAAGCAUAAUAAAUCUCAUAAAGAAGAACGAAAAGAUAAAGAUUAAAAUAAGGGGGCAGGAGAUGCAGUACAACAAGUGCGGCAUCCGGACAACCCGGGAAAUAUACGACAGAUUCUUUGGGUACUACAACCUAAAGGAAAAAAGAGCAGGCAUUAGGCCAUUCGUGCAGAAAGGGCCCUGGACAAAGGAAAAUGCAAACAAGCUAAUACACUCGUAUAAGACUGCAAUGUCCAUCCGGGAAAUGUCAUUCUUUAUUAUUCUUUACAAAACAAGUCACCCCUCUGCCAACCUCAUACUGUACAAUAACACACACGUAUACUACACUCUAGUAAUACACAAGGUUGAUUUAAAGACUAAGUAUGAGCUAAGACAGCAUAUAAAGAAUAAAAUGCAUAAAAAGUAA